CGAAUAUAUAUUUUCGAAAUGUCUUACAGCACAGCCAUAUCGAUGGCACAGAGCCUGAUCUCCAACAUGCAGAAGGUGGGACAGGUCCACUUGGCAAACGCUGCAUCCCGUGUGAUCAACCCGAUCUUUAAGAGCACCACUGGAAAGAUGUUGAUUUCCUUCGCCAUCGGUUACUAUGUCAGCAAAAGCCUCUCAAAGAUUUUGAUAAAGCCAGCUGAUGAGGAAGAACCGGACGUUUUCCGUGAGCCUUUAAAGCUCACCUUGCAACAGCUGUCCACAUUUAAUGGAAAAAAUAAUAAGCCAACAUACACGGCCUUCAAUGGCAAGAUAUACGAUCUGACAUCGUGCAUAAUGAGCCGGGAUGAUGAGAUUUUUCGUCUCAUAGCUGGUUGCGAUGCUGGUCCAGUUCUUCAAAAGACAUACAAAAGCAUGGGCAUCAGCACUUUCGACCACAUGCGCCGUUGGGAGAUGAUGAUGGAGUCCGAAUGCGCUGUUGUCGGUUACUUGAUUGAACAUUAUGACUUUGAAGGUCUGCACUCUCAUCAGACUGACGAAGAUGGCGAAGAUGGGUCGACUGUUGUGGACUUAUCGGAGGAACUUGGCGAAUUUUGAUUAUAUUUAGAUUCCAUUUUUAUCUGAAUAAAAUGUUCUUUAGUUAC